AUGCACAGCCGAAGUGAGACGUUGGAAGAUGUUGUAAAGGCAGCAGCUGACAGUGUUUGUUUGCAGAAAAAGAUCACAGGGCCUGAGAGCUGCACCUUCAGUGAAAUCACCAUUGGCAUGGUCCAAGACACACCACCUCUUCCAGACAAGUCCUUCACACCCACAGAUAUAAGGACCAGUCAAGAAAAAGACUCCGUCAUUGGCCCAGAUUCAGACAGUGAUGAAGAAGGAGCCCUGGUGUGGAGAUCUCCCCGUCUGCAGAGCCGUGAGGACAGCAGAGCGCAGGAGCUGAUUCCGGAGCCUGAGCUGGAGCAAUGCCCACAGGUACCCGAGACUGAGGACCCUCAUCACUCAGAUGACCAGAACAGCUCAACUGAAGGUGAUCCGGUGGCAGCGGAGUGCGAGGCACCCCAGGAGCAGCUCAUCGAUCAUCCUGCUGAAGAAGCUGGCAUAGAUGGAGACUCUGAUGCAAUGUGGAUUCCAACCCAGGUGAACCUGUCUCGGCUGAGACGGUUGACUUGA